UUUUUUUUUUCAUUAUUAAAACAUGUUGGCAGAAUUUAGAACAAAACGAGAAACUGAGAGAGUUCGAGUUGAAGAUAAAUAUCAAGUAAUAGGAUUUAUUAGUUCAGGAACUUACGGAAGAGUUUAUAAGGCCAAGGCAAAAAAGACUGUGAAAAGUGCUGAUGGAGAAGAAAAGGAACUUGUAUAUGCAAUAAAAAAGUUUAAACCAGAUAAGGAAGGAGAUACACAUACGUAUACUGGAAUAUCACAGUCCGCAUGUCGAGAAAUAUCGUUAUGUAGAGAGCUUCAACAUCAAAAUAUUAUUUCAUUGCAAGAAGUAUUAUUAGAGGACAAUUCGAUUCAUAUGGUGUUUGAAUACGCCGAACAUGAUUUUCUUCAAAUUAUUCAUCAUCAUAGCCAACAAGAAAGAAAACCAAUUCCAGAAUUUACCAUAAAGUCAUUUUUAUGGCAAUUGCUUAAUGGAGUAGCAUAUCUCCAUGCAAAUUGGGUUCUGCAUAGAGAUUUGAAACCUGCAAAUAUUUUAGUGACUGCUGAUGGUGUUGUGAAGAUUGGAGAUUUGGGUUUAGCAAGAAUUUAUGAACGUCCAUUGCAGCCGUUAUUUAAUGGUGACAAAGUUGUCGUAACUAUAUGGUACAGAGCUCCAGAACUUUUACUGGGAUCAAGACAUUAUACUAAAGCUAUAGAUAUAUGGGCAGUUGGGUGUAUUUUUGCCGAGCUUUUGACAUUGAGACCUAUUUUUAAAGGUGAAGAAGCAAAAAUGGAUAACAAAAAGAAUGUCCCGUUUCAGAAAAAUCAAUUGAAUAAGAUUUUUGACGUUUUGGGAAAACCAACAAAGGAACAGUGGGCUACCAUAGAACAACAGCCAGAGUAUCCUAAUUUGGCUAGUUUUAGAUCAUCACCAAAUCGACUUCGUGAAUUUUAUAAUAACUCAUGUUCGUCAAAUUCGGAUGCAGGUUUUGCACUUUUAUCGGCUAUGUUGGAAUAUGAUCCAGUUAAGCGUAUUACUGCAGAAGAUGCAUUACUUCAUCCAUAUUUUAGUGAAGAACCUAAACCGUCUAUGGAUUCAUUUGAAGGACAGCAUUAUCAAUACCCAUUACGAGCUGUUAAGAGUGAAGAUAAUGAUAUGAAGGUGCCACCAACAGCGAAUUCGGCCGUGCAAGGACAGGGAGGAACAACACAUGGAGGAACGAGGGGAAAACAUGGUCAUAGUGGAAAGGAUGAAGGAAGACCAAGCAAGAGGGGGAGGGUAUAAUUAUUAUUUAAAUUAUUAUGUAUACUGUAUUUAGUUUAUUAAUAGAGAUAGAAUGUUUAUUUAUAUUAUUUGUAUGUGCAACUUUAAGUCGUAUUUAUUAUUGAUAAUAAAUAUUUAUUGAUCCUUUUAAUUUAUAGGAAGUACAAAAAAAGUCGGGCAAAUAAAAGUUAAAAUUUUUACAAAUUAUGUUAAACCAAUGGUUAUAAAUUCUUAGCAUAUAACGAUUGGGUUUUUUUGUAAGUUUCUAGUUAUUUCGAAUUAUUUUACACAAACUU